AAUACAUAUUUUUAUCAUUUCACCCUAUAUAAUAAUCUUUAAUAUCAUAUCUAUAUUCUCCUUUUCAUAAAAUUAUUUUUAAAGUUUGAGACUAUUUCCAAGAUGUCUGCGCCCAUGAAAAGUGGAUUGCAAAUUCAAAAAGUUUUAUUUUCGAGCUUCAAGAACACAUACUCUGAGAAAUGCAUUAAAUACACGGGGUUUCAGAUUGGAUAUUAUAUUAAGAAUGUAAAGGAACAAUUGGCAAGUACAAACGCAAAGGGAAUUUUCGUUAAACGAUUCCCAAAGAACAUUUUCUCCUUGAAUACAAAAAUAAAGUUCAAACCUUGUGCAAAUUCCAACUCAGCGAUAACAAAAUACAUAUCUCCAUGGAGAUACCUUAACAGUGUACUUAGAAAUGACACUAGGUGUAUAUAUGAUUCUUGCUUCGUUGACCCACUCCUGUCAACAAGUUCAAAACCAUUUCUGCGACAUUACAGUACCGGUUCCUUGAAGGACCAACAAUCAAUCAAAGAUGAAGCAAUAAAAAAUACGCAGCAAAAGGAAGCCUAUCCUGGAGAUGAAGGUAGAAAAAUAUCUGGUUCCACAAUAAAGGAAAAGCAUGAGAAUAUCUGGACAAUACCCAACCUGCUGACUGUGUCUAGAGUUGUCGCAGCACCCGUUCUAGCCUACCUAAUCAUAGAUCAACAGUAUCCCUUAGCAACUGGCCUCUUCAUCGCUGCAGGUGUCACUGAUAUGCUGGAUGGACAGAUAGCUCGAAGGUUUCCUAGUCAACAUUCAAACUUUGGAAGUGUAUUGGAUCCACUAGCAGAUAAGAUAAUGAUGACCUUUCUAGUCAUCUCUCUCACAGUGGUUGACUUAAUACCUUAUCCACUGACAGCCUUGAUAGUAUGCAGAGACAUUGGCUUGAUUAUUGCAGCCCAUUGGGUGAGAUACAUCUCCCUACCCCCACCAAAAACCUUCAAGAGGUUUUGGGAUGUGAGUCAUCCAACCACUGAAUUUACACCUUUGUUAAUUAGUAAGAUCAACACACUGAUACAGCUGAACCUGGUUGCUCUCAGUCUGAUUGCUCCCAUAUUUGACUUUGUUGCCCAUCCUGCUAUGCAAGCCUUGUGGGGAGUGACUGCUGUGACAACUGUGUGGUCAGGAUUAGGAUAUGUGUUUCAGAAAGAAAAGACAUUUAAACUUAUUAAUACAAAGACUGUAAUUGCAAAGAAACCAAAGGAAUCAUGAAGAAUGAUACAUCAAGUAGUUGUAAUUUUAUAUGAGCUAUGAAUGUGCCAUAAUCUAAAUAUGAGGCUGAAAUGAUAUUCCUAGAAGUUAUAUUAUUUUGAACAUGAACAUCUUAAUUAUGUUCCAAUCCAUUACACAUUUCUCAACUCAAUUUCAAACUGAAUUUAGAAUGGUGUUCUCAAAGAAGUUUAGAUGGGUAAUUUUAUUAAAGAUGAUUAUAAUCAAAAUUGUACUUGAAAUUAUUCUUCAAUGCAAAAAGUCUUCAUUAUCUCUAAUAUGAGAUAGUAGUAUGUGGAAUAAGAUUACUUAUGGAAAUGCAUUGUUUCAAUACCAAUAAAAUAUGAUGAACAAAAAUAGUUUGAAUGUAAA